CGACCACCGGAUCCCGUGCAAAUUGCACACCUUCCAAGACAUAACAUAUCGCGUACCUAACGAUCAAGUGCGCAAAGAACCGUCUCGUUUUUCUUCCUUUUACUGAUCUUGUUUUUACUUUUUUUCUGUAUUUUAAAAAAAUUUCGUGUUGCGAAAAAAGUGUUUUGGUGGAUUUUUACUUUUUAUUUUGUUGUUUUUUUGUUACAAACAAUUGAAAAUAACUUAAGGGAUAUAAUAAGGGGUGGCCAUGUCGGUCGAUACGUCCAGGGACGUAAAACUUAUACAAGAUGAAGACCUUCUACGAAAAAUGUGGCAUGAUACCUCAGACUUUGGCCGCAAAAAAGAAAUCCGUACUCAUAUGUACAAAUUACGUGAAGCCCGUCUGAAAGAUUUUUACAGCAGCACUGAAAUAAGCAAUGAAAUACAUAAAUCAACUGAAAGAAAAACGUGUGAUAAGCCAACUCAUGCCGAUUCAUUGGUAGACCACAGCUUUUUAAGCCUAAAAAGUAAGGAAGUGAGAGACUCUGAAUCUCCUACUAGGGAUAUGAACUACAAAAUAACAGAAAAACAUAACAAUAAUGGUUGGAACAUCGUUUCCUCUGACGAAGUGAGUCGGGAUGGCAAAACUUAUACAACUAAAAGAUCGGCGACAACAUCAGGCAGUCAAAAUUUUGAUGGCGGUAAAGUUGAUUAUGCCGCUAGAAACGAUCAAAAAGCAUCCGUGUAUAAAGAGGGUGACGACAAUAACUUUACAAAAUCAGUGGGCGCUGAAACGCGUUCUGUAAUCCAACAAGAAGCUGUAGGUGGCGAUGACAAUAGCAAUUUUAGAUCGUCUUCAACAAAAACUUCUUCAUCAUCAAAAGUUGUAACCGAAAGCAGGAGUACUUCUGGAGACGUGGUUGAUAAUAUACCAGCUAUACAAUCUUCUAAUACCGUUACUAAGCAAUUAUAUGGCGAUAAUAUUCCAGCCGAAGUCAAAAAGCAACCUGGUUACGUUGAAGGGAGGACUAAAGUAUACAGAGAAACUAAAACGUUAGAAGAUGGUUCAACUGUAACCAAGACCAGAUAUGAAACUCUUGGUGAAUCAACAUCACGUCAAAGUCAACAAGUUACUAGUAGUAUUAAUAGUAGCAGCACAAGAAAAAGUAAUCAAACAUCAUCAAAUACAAGUGUAAGAAAAGAAAACAUUGAAGAUAGCACUUAUUACGAACCAAAAAACAUUGACGAAUCUUCAACAACAGUUUUCAAAACUGGUUCGUCAAACAUAAAAAGGACCACUAAGAAGGAAUCACAACCUUAUGAUGCCAAUAGAAAGGUAUAUAAAGAAACUAAAACUUUACCAGAUGGGUCAACUAUUACUACUACAAGGUAUGAAACCACAGGUGACUCCAAAAGCAAGCAUUAUACUUCUAGCAGUAGUACUCAACAUGAAAGCCAUCAGGAAAGCCAUAGUUCUAACAUUAAUAUGACCAAUAGAAAAAAUAGUCAAAGUACUAGGGCUAUAGAGUAUGCCGUGGAUGAUUGUAAAAACGCCCCAGAAAUAACUGUUGAAAUAAGACCAGCAGAGAGUACUUCUGUUAAAACCACAACAUCCUGUGAACAGAAAACUAAUUAUAAACCAGUUGAUUCUAAAGAUACUUAUACAACAACUAAAACUACAACAAUAAUAAAUGAAGAACCAAUGAAUAAAUCUAUGACCAAUGUAUCAAACGAAAGAUAUUCCAACGAUGAGUUUAUAAACAUCGAAAAACAGACAAUUCCACAAGCUUUUAGCCCUGAUAAACCAACAACAAAACCUGAACAAUAUCAGCAGCCAGAUAAAAGACAGCCAAUUAAACCCCACCAAUCUGAAUUAAAUCGUAAACCUGAACCAACCGAGGGUCAGUAUGAUACAACUUAUAGAAGCGAAUUCAUCAACAAAAAAAUCAGUGUAGAAGUCAACCCUACUCAUGACGCUUUUGCACGUUCUCUACGCUCUGUUACCCCGGAUAGAGUUUUACACCGCAGCAGUCUAAGAUCCAGCAGUAACUCAUUGAGAAGUAGUACUAGCCCUGAAAAAAAUAGACACUCUAGUAGAUACUCGCCAGACAGGAAACUUCAGGAUAGAAGCAUGUCGCCACGUAAAUCAACCGAUAGGUUUUCCAGCACUGAAACAAUAACAAACAAAAAUAGACCAAGUCCUAAAUCGCCAGAAAGACAUUAUAGUAGCGACACCAUUACUAGGCGUACUAAGACCACAAAAGAGAUAGACAGUAAUACUAUAACCAAGCGUAAAGAGAACCUAGCCCAGUCGCGUAGCCCAUCACCUACCACCAAAGAGUAUAUUAGGAAUAUUAGGCAACAAACUACAGAUUUAGAUGAAGAAAAUAUUUGCACCACGGUUAAAACUAAAAACGUAUUUAAUAAAUACGACGAAAGGCCUACUUCUUUGGAAAUAAUAGCCACUAAAAAAACUAGAAAAAUAACAGAUCGUUCACCAACUUCACCUCUAACCGACCUUGGUGUUCUCAAAAGUUCACCAGUAAAAGAGGUACCCAGAAGAAGUAGCCUAAAAUCUCCAGUAAAAGAAUCCUCACCCAUAAAGAAAGAUUUACCCAAGGAUAAACCUUUUAAAAGAACCGAUACGUAUGAGGAAAGGUGCAGACAAAUUUUAGGCAUCACAGAAACCACUUCAGAGCGAAGGCGAAGUAGUUUGGAAAAACUGGGUUUAAAGAGAGACUCCUUAACAAAAACAACAAAACCUAUAUUGCCAGAUUCACCCAAAUCCCCAACGAAAGAGUACCCUACGAGGAAGUCACCUACUAAAGAACCUAGUUCACCAACUAAGAUUAGAAAAUCUCCGGUUAAAGAACCUAUGCAAGAUAACCCUGACCGUAAAAAGCCAUGUAAAACUUCACCGAGUAUUUCUGAAUUUCCCUCCCAAAUAAGAAAAUUACCCAAUAAGGAACCAUUGGAACCAUAUCCAGAAAAACGGAGGCAAAGUAAAGAUUCACCAUCAAUAAAUGAGUUUCCCUCUCAAAUAAGAAAAUCACCCAAUAAGGAACCAUUGGAACCAUAUCCAGAAAAACGUAGGCAAAGUAAAGAUUCACCAUCAAUAAAUGAGUUUCCCUCUCAAAUAAGAAAAUCACCCAAUAAGGAACCACUGGAACCAUAUCCAGAAAAACAAAGACCAGGUAAGGAUUCACAAUCAACUGAGGUUUCUUCUAUAAGAAAAUUACCAACCCAGGAACCAUUGGAACCUUAUCUGGAAAAGAAGAAACCCAUAAAAUCUGAACCAUCUGUAAACAAAUUUGAUUCUCAGAUAAAAAAAUCGCCUCAAAAGGAACCCCUUGAACCAUACCCAGAGAAAAAUAAACCAACUAAAAGUGGGCCUUCAAUCGAUGAAUUUCCUUCUCAAAUAAAAAGAACUCCUGAAAGAGAACCAUUAGAGCCUUACCCAGAGAAACAAAGACCAGGCAAAAAAUCACCAAGCAUUAGUGAAUUCCCAUCUCAAAUUAGAAAAUCACCUGAAAAAGAACCCUUAGGACCUUAUCCUGAGAAACAAAAACCAGAAAAAAUGUCUUCAAGCGUUUGUGAAUUUCCCUUUCAAAUUAGAAAAUCACCUGAACGAGAACCAUUAGAAGACCAUCUUGAAAGAAAAUCCCCUGAAAGAUAUACACCAACACUUUCCGAGUUUCCUUCUCAAGUUAGAAAAACUCCUGAAAGAGAACCUCUUGGUGAAUACCCAAAAAAUAAAAAACCCACAAAAGAAUCAGCUGUUUUAGAAUUCCCAUCACAAUCCAGAAAAUCGCCUAAGAAAAAUAAACCAAAAGAAGAUGAAUUAUCAUCAUCAUCAUCAUCAUCAUCAUCUGAGGAAGAAGUUGAUGAAAUUGCCCAAAUAAUUAAAGAAUAUACGUAUGAAAAUUCAGCACCAGUAAAUGAACCUCCGGUAACGGAGAAAUUUAUAUCACAGCUUUGUAAAGACGAGGAAAUGUCUAGAACAAGCAUCAAAAAGAAAAAUAAUACUAGAGAAGACAUAGAGAAACUUAUAGAAUCCGAAGUUGUUUCCAAUAAAAUAAAAGAUCAUAGAGUUGUCAAAAAGGAUGAACCAGAAAAAUUAAAAACCAAAACCCCGAAUGAAACAUUCAUACAAAAUGAACGUAGCACUAUUGAAAUACAAACUAAAAAAUCACCAAGUAAACCCAAAAUACCUGAAAAUAAAGUUACAACAACUGUUUCAAAAAUAUUUAAAAAAGAAGUGCCUCAAUCACCUAAGAAACCUGGUUAUAAACCUGGUAUAACUGAAUAUACCGAUAAAUAUAGAAAACCCAUUACAUCAACAGUUACGGAGAAAAUUCCUCAAAAAACAACAGAGAAAAUUACAUUAUGGAAUGUUGAAAAUCUUAGCGAUGAAGAGGAUACUUCAGUUCAUAUUAGAACUCAUAGAGUUGAUAAUACUUUAAAAAAAUCAACUAAAAUAGUAAACGAAACGAAAAAACCAACAAUCAGAAAAACUGUGUACGAAAUCCCAAAAAUAACUCAAUGUAAGAAAAUUUCUGAACCUAAAAAGUUUUCACCAAUUAAAAAAACUUUUGUAUUGGAUACAAAAACAAAGUUAAAACCUAAAGAAACCCCUAUAUCACCUAAAAAGGUUUCUACAACUAUCACUUUAACUCCUACGGUAAAAAAAACAAAACCCAUUACAAGUGCAACAAGUAAAAAUAUUACAACAUCAAGGAUUACUAAGUUGGCCCAACAAAAACCAAAACAGCCGACUAAAAAACCUCUUAAGCAACAAAAUGGACAUAUUUCAACCGACGAUGAAUCAGAAGUAGAAUCGGUUGUGGAUAAUAUUGAUAUCGAUAAGGUAAUAACAAGAAAAAGUACCCAAAAGUCUAAUAAAGUAUUGAGAACAACUAGUGAUCAAAUUUUUAAUACGCAGGAGAAACCUAGAAGUCCGAUACGUGGCAAUUCUAAACCGGAAUUAUUAUUACAAGAUUCUAAAAAAAAAUGCGUCACAACUAAAUCCAUCACGAUAAAUAAUAAGGAUAUUCUUAAUAAAGAAAGCAAAAUUAUAAUUGAUCUAUUAAGAUCCACAUCAUCAAGGGAGCCUACACCAGACAGACUAUGUCCAUUACCUGUUGAUUCAGAUGAAGAUGGCACUUCACCCCGUUACCCCGACGUAGUGAUAGAACCAGAUGAUUGCAGAGUUAAAAAUCAACCUAAAAAACUGUCAGAUAUCCCAAUAUUUGAAUCCGAAGAUAAUUAUCAAUUUACGAGAAUUACUGACAUCACUGACAAUAAGAAAAUCACUGAAGUUGACAGAGUGGACGAAACUGAUGACAGCCUUAUGACUGUAGAUAAAAAGAUAAGUAAAUUUUUGAGCACCGCUAAAGAUUUAAGUAAAAAUUCGCGAAAGCCUGCACCUAAGGUAGAAAGACCAACAUUGGUAGUUGAUGAAGACUUCAAAUCCGAUGAAUGUUUAUUGAGUGUUUCGGACAAAGUAACCAAGUUUAUUAGUACAGCCGAACAACUUAUUAUUCCUAAACAACAAGUGGAUAGACCAAAGAGCCCAAUAUGUAAAAACUUUUCAGAAGUUAACGAAAAUAUUAAUGUUUCCAGCAAAGUUUCGCUAUUCACAACUACAGCAGAAGAUAGUGUAAAACCUAAGGACACCACUAGUGCAGUAGCACCCAAAGUAGACCGCCCAGAAUUAUCUAACCUUGAUGAAAACAUUAAAGAGGACGUCUGUUUAUUAAGCGUCAGUGACAAAGUAACCAAAUUCAUAUCAACAGCUGAUGCCUUAACAUCCAAAAACAUAAGAAAGUCGAUAUCUGAGCCUGUAAAACCUAAACCCAUAAGUAGAACAUCAUCACAAAGGUCAUCACCACAAAGAUCAUCACCAACCAGAUUGUCACCUGAUCAAUCGCCUACAAAGUCAUUAACUACAGAAACUGAACAACAUUCUUACACAAGAAGUUCACCUGAAAAAACACCUGAGAAAAGCCUGUCCAAUCAAUAUGCAAGCAUCAAUAAAAGUGAAAGCCGUGAGUCUAAAACAAAAACAAAAUGUACAAGUCCGGAUAGAACUCCAAAAUCUACAAAUGAACUUACGACCACUAGAACUAGUACUAGUACAUUUAGAACCAACGAUAGCGUAAAGAAAGCCAAAUCAAUAUUUGAAAACAUAUCCAGAGAACAAGAAGUAUUAAAACAACGAGAUAUACUUAGUAGACCAUCUGUAUUUGAAGGGCGUAGACUUAAAGAACAAGAAAACAAAAUUACAAAGUUAAAGAAACGUUUAAGCUUCUCUGACGAUGAAGAGACUACCACAUACAAAACUACUCAAAAAACAACAGCUACUACUCAAAAAGAGGACACACUUAAAUCAACAAAACUAGUUAUUGACAAAAUGAUCCGAGAAAAAUCGCCAGAAAAAAUCCCUGAAAUUUAUACCACAAAAACCUACGAACAUAGCGAUAGAGAAUCAUCGCCAGAAGGUGACCUUCCGCACUACAUGAAACCCUUAGACAGAAGUCUAAGGCCUAACAGUCCCCAUAGGGAUGCUGUUAAUCAAGUAAAAAAACCUGAACUUGAAGAGGAGGAUGUAAGACCCACUAAAUUUGGAGUUAAACUAAAAAGGACAGAUUCGGGUAAAUUCGCGUCAACAUCAACUAGUAUUACCACUGAAAGAAGAAAGAGCAGUAUAACUUUGGAAAAAAGAGUAACUGAAGAUGAAAUUGAUGAAAUAUUUGAGCUAGAUAUAUUGGAAGAACUUUUAAUAAAAGUCGUUGGUUAUGAUUUAAGAAGAAAAAUAAGGGCGCAACUUAGGCUAGUAAAGAAGUUAAUACAAGAAAAGAAACUCUCGAGUCAUGUUACACAAAAAACGAAAUCCUCUCCCAAAAGAGAACCUAGCCCAACUAAAUUUAAACCUUAUAAACUUGAAGAAAGAAAAAACACUGAAUAUCAGACCGAAUACACAAGAAAAACUAGUCCUGAACGUAAACCUGUAAAUAACAAUAAGUUAUACGAACAUACUGAUCUUGUGAGUAAAAAAGACGAUAGAGUUUCCAAGACAGAAUAUCAAACAUCUUACACUUAUGAUGAAAGAAGAUCGUCUACUGAAUACAGAAGCAAAAGUCCGGAAAAGCGAAUGUCUACUGAAUACAGAAGUAAAAGUCCUGAAAAACAUUUGGCUACUGAAAGCAGAUUGUCGCCUGAAAGAAAACCAUCGCCUAAACCCAGGCUGUCGCCUGAAAGAAAGCCAACUACGAAACCUGAAACCAAGACAUUUACAACAUUAAAAAAAACUUCCACUGUGACCAAAAAUGUCACAGAUGAUCAACCCGAGUGGGUAAAAAAAAGAAAUUUGAGGAAAAUCAAUGAGACUUCGGCACCGAUAAAAAGGAGUACUGUUACCACUACAACGACAACAACAACAAAAAAAGGUUCUGAAAGAUCUUCAAGCCCAAUAAAAGAUAUAAAACCUACAGAUAUUAUAACUUCAAGUUACGGUGUAGGGCCAACAGACGAGAACGGUACACCAUUAUUUGGAUUAAGGGCUUUAAGGGCUCAGAAUAAAACUGAAAAAACUAAAGUACAAGGAACGGUAAUAAGAAGCAAAUACUAUUCAGAAAACGGAGGGGAACCGGUAGGUCAAGUUAGCGUAACGAAAUAUUCGAACGAUCCAGAGGAUUUAGGCUCUAACGAAGACUUAAGAUGUAAUAAAGGCAUAAGUAGCGUAACAACGACCCAAAAGUUUGGGUCAAACGACAAGAAAAAAACUAUAACAAAAACUAACGACAAAAGUGUAACAACCUCUUCUAGUACUGCUACUAAGUUCACCAGGAGGGGUUCUGUGAAAGCUAUGUCGCAGAAAUUUAUUGAUAAUGCAGUGGAAACUUUGAAGAGUGAGAGGCAGUCUUCCUACCCAAAGGCAGGAUUGAUUUUGCGCACUUCUAGCUUCAAAGAUACAGGGUCUGAAGACGAUUCACCAGUUGAAGAAAAAAUGAUGACAACCGUUACAACAAAAUCAUCUAGAACUAUUGAAGGUGGUGAAUCAUUUUUAACAAAUCGCUCUAAAGUGACGGGUUUAAAAGAUGUUAUAUGCAUGAUGAAAGCUGAAGAUUAUGAGGAUGGUGAUACAGAGGAAGACGUUGAAGCUAGGAGUCUUCUAAACAAGUUUAUAGGCUCGCAAGUAAUUUUAUCCGGCAUGGAAAAUAGAGCAACAUCAGCUACAUCUUCUACAACUACAAGUUCUACAUCACCUACAUCGACUGAAAAAAGAACUACAAGGGUGACAUCUACAAUAACGGAAGGCGGAAAACAUAAAGCUGUGACAAGAGUUUUUCAACGUCCUGUGAGCGAAAAAGACUUGGAAACUGUUUGGGACGAACAAACGCUACGUUUGCUACUUGAACAAAGUCAAGAUUACGAAGAACGUCGCCUUAUAAGGUCCCGACUGCGCCAAAUUAUGGCAGAACAAGAAGCAUGUGCCGAGCUGGUAAAACAAGCAAGCCAGGACAAUCAAACAGCCACUGGAACAAUAGAGGAAAGCACUCAAGAAUCGGAGGAUGAAACUAGCACCAUUAAAGCCCCUCAAAAUACACUAGAAAAACAACCUGAUGUAUACCUACAGAAGAAUCCAAUUUACAAUCAAUCUCACGAGGAAAAAUCAAACAGGUUUAACAGCAAAAAACUCAAAAUGAAACGAGCCAACACUAUCGAUAUCCCGAAACCUCUUCAUUUUUAUGAGGACGAUGACGAUAGUGAUUCCCAAAUGGAAGAUGAUAACCAACGUAAAAACGCUUACUAUGCCCUACGAGGCCCCAUAAAUGUACCUUACACCAAAAUCAAAACCAAAGUACCGCCACUACAACCUAAAACAGAUAGCGAUAAAAAAUUUCUUGCCUUUAUCAACAAACAAAACGAUAAUAAUUCGCAAAAAACCUCCAUGUGGUCGCAAAAAACUCCAGUCUGGGGCAACAAAUUUGGAAACAUUAAAAAUAACUUUGAAGCAAAAGAGAAUAACCCCGCUAUGAAUUUCUGGAAAACCGCUGACGAUUCAAUAAAUAGAAGUUUCAAUGGAAACCAAUUUGGCCCAAAGAUUAGCCGUAGAAGUGCUAAAAACCUUCAGCAAAUGUUUGAAGAGAAACAAAAACAAAAUCAGGAAAAGCCUGCCCCAUGGAGUUCAGCCACAAACCAAAAUAUUAUUACAGGAUCUUUAAAAGUUAACACUAAAUCUUUAGAGCCUGAAAAGAAUUACAAAUUUAUUCCACAACCUUUACCAGUAAAUAAGUUUUCACAUGCACCACAGUCAGCUUUUAAACCAAUACCUAAAAAGGAAGUAACUAAACCUGACUCCCUAGCAAUACCAAUCAUAAAAACAGCGCUUAAAGAACAGAAUGGGCAUAAAGAAGUGCCGGUAUUUUUAUACAGCCCCAAACCAUUAACUACACCACAAUCUGAUUCAGCCAGCUCAUCUCCUUCGGUUUCAAAACCUUGGGUCAAUUCGUCAGGAGAACAUAGAGUUUUAAACCUAGCUGCAUCCAAGUUUGAAAAUCAUGCAAAUCAUGCACCAUCAUCCCCAAUCAAACCAAGGAAGUUAAGCAAAGAUUACACUAAAAUAUUUAUGCCAACAACUCAACAACAAACACCUCCACUAACAGCCCCAUAUAUAGUCAAAUCAGUGGAUCCUAAGGAAGGCAGUGUAAGGAAACUAAGUGGACAAUAUGAUAGUUUAAAUAUUAAUACUAAGCAACCAGAUUAUAGUACUACCACGACUGUAAAGUAUAUACAUACACCACCACAAAGUCAAUAUGCACCACAAAAUAAUAUUCCACAAAGUCCAAACAAUUAUCAAGCGUUUAAUUAUAGUCCGCAACAAUGUUAUCAAAAUAAUUAUCAAGCCAAUAACUACCAGAUGCCACCACAAACCAAUUUUUCACAAUAUCCUCAAAAUUACUCCUACCAAUACCCUCAGCCCAAUUAUCAACCAAUUCAACAAUAUCAAGGGCCCCAAAGUUAUACAAUAGUGCAAAACCAACAAUAUCAACCACCUCAGCAAUAUCAACCACCUCAAAAACAUCAACCACCCUAUGGAAAUGAUCAGCCAAUGCAAUAUUAUCAAAAUUUACCUCAGAAAACAUCCACACAUCAAUUUAAACAAGUUCAACAAACAGUGGAACCUAUUAAACAAACAGAACCGAUCGAGAUACAAUCUAAAAAACAUGAGCAGCCUACUAUAAAAUCUGACAAACCUGUAACUUUCCCAGAAAAAUCAAAGGUCGUUAAAGAAGUUCCUAAAUAUGAAACCCAAACCUCAAAUGAAAGUGUUCAUGAAUACAAUGCAGUAAGCAGCAAAUUAAUGCGAGGCCCUGUACAACAGGCUGUUACAGUCACACAAAAAGGGCCAAUGACAAGAGAUGGUCAUGACAUGGCUGCCGCAUUGGGUUUAAAAAAUGUUUUGGAUAAAGUUAGCAGUAAAAGUGUAUCGCCUAACCCGGCUGUGAAGUCACCAUCAAAUAGUUUUAAAUAUAACUCUGAGUCUCCAAGUAAUAGCUUUAAGUAUCCUAGGUCGCCUCUUGGAAGCCAGAGUUUUAAAUAUAAUAGUAUUUCACCAAAUAAUUAUAAAUCUAGUCCUGUAAAUGUAGACAAUAAAUUUAGGCCUGUAGAUGCAAAACCAGUAACCAAACCGUUAGAGAAUAAAAAUUGUGGUGUUGUAAAACCAAUGCAACAACAACAAAAAAAGUUGGAAAUAAAUGAUGAUGGUGAAUCUGUAGUUACGGGUAAAUUUCAUAUACCUGUUAUAAGUGUGGCAAAAUCUGACCAAAAACCGCCAGGUUUUGCACAAGUACUGACCAAAUCUGAGUCUUGGAAUCAAAUUUGUAUGCAAGCUCAAGCACCAAGUCCUACAAAACCAUCGCCAAGAAGUUCGCCCAAUGCGACUGUAACUAGAUCGAAAUCAAGCCAUUCUUUAGCUAUCCCGAAGAUGUAUGAAGCAGGUAUGUCCAAAGAUGAAAUUCUCAACAAAAGAAAGACUAUGGAGGCGUUUUUAAGUGGAAAUAAAUCCCUGCAGUCCAAUAAAACAUCAUCGCAUGAAAAUUUAGCCAAUAUUCAGCAGAAAAAUGAUAGCAAGGUAGUCAAGAGGUCGAUUAAUCGUACGAAGACUUCUGAGAAAACUGCGACGUACAGACAUUCUUCUGGUCUGUCGAGAAGCAGAACUCUUCCAGAUAUCGUCUGUCCAGAGCUUCUAGAUGAAAGUAACGUUGAUAAGGCAUUUGAAGACUUGUUUAAAUCUAGCUCAUAACCCUAGACUAAGGAAACUAAGGAUUAAUACAGAUUCCAUUCCAUUAAAUGUAUGUGGAAGUUUUUUGUACUUAGUGUUAAGCAACCUAAUAAUUUAGUAUUUUGAACGAAGUUUUUUUGGCCCUUUAUUAUUAUAAAAGUAUGUUUUAAUGUUGUAAAGAGUUAGAUAAGAAAAGCCAAGAUCGUGAUUGGUGUGUACAAAGGUGCGCACACCAAUCAAAACAAUUAAUUGGAUAUUUUGAGGGGCUGGAUACACCAAUAAUUUUGAUAGGAAAAAGUUGAGACAUCCCAGAAAACUUUUUCAACGGGACCUGUCACAACUACGCAAGUAACAACAAAGGUGACAUCUCAACAAAUGUCAAAGAAACCAAUUUCGCCAUUUGCCAAAUUUAGGCAACUUGAUAAGCAAAACAGCUUACCAAGCUCACCAAGUACCCCUAAGACCCCCACUGGCAGCGGGCCCCUUUUUAAAUUUACCGAUCCGGCCCUGAGCCAAAGCGCUAGCACCAUCAAAGACAGAUUGUUGUAUUGGUGCAAGCAGAAAACCAAGGAAUACGAGAACAUACAACUAGAUAACUUCUCAACUAGCUGGGCAGAUGGAUUGGCCUUCUGCGCAUUAAUACACCAUUUCCUACCCGACGCCUUCGAUUACCAAACAUUAUCUCCGAAAAAUCGUAGACACAAUUUUACACUUGCCUUCCAAGUUGCAGACGAGAAAGCAGAUAUUGCUCCACUUUUGGAUGUUGACGAUAUGGUGGCGUGUCGAAAACCGGAUUGGAAAUGCGUUUUUACUUACGUGCAAUCGAUCUACAGACGAUUCAAAGAUGAAGAUUAAAAACAAACAAAAAGUUACCUUGUACUAAACUUGAGAGACAAUUUUACUACUUAAGAUAUUUAUUGGCAAUACUUGAUAUUUGUAAAUGUUCCUUAUUUAUUUGUGUUUUGUCUUUUUUUGUACUGUUUGUAUUUUAAGUGAUCUAUGGCAUUUUUAAUUAUUGAAAACGAGAAUUUUUUUAUAAGAUCUCUAUUCUCGUUGUGAUAUUUUCUGCCCAGCUAUUUUUUUAAUUAAUUUUCUUAGCUUUUCACGCAUACAUAACUUUUUUAGCUUAUUUAUUAAAUACUUACAUUAGUUUUUAAAUUGGGUUGUUGCUUUUGCCAUGUGGUUGCUAACAAAAUGUAAAAUAUUUCGUAUUAUAUUAAAAAAAAAUUAUUUAAUUUACAAAAACCAAAACGGCUUCAUGUGUAAAAGACAAUAAUCUGAAAUAUUUAUAAUAUAUUUAAGCUAUUGUGCCUUAUAGUCUUAAUACAUAUAUUUUAUAAAAAUGAUAUUUACUGAAUUU